AUGCGGAACUCGACAUACUGCAUGAAGGUGUCCAUGUCUCUCACGGUGGCAGAGAACGACACAGACCUCUGCUUCAACUCCAAAAUGAGGUUCUUUGAGAAGGCCGAACUGAGCAAAAACAAAGACAUCACCUGCCCGAGCAUCGAUGAUUAUGUACAGCCAGGAGCGCAGCCAGAUAUCGUGUGGUACAAGGAAUGCAAACCAAAGCAGUGGAGACAAACCAUAGAAAGGAAAAGGGACACUCUCUCCAUCAAGGACGUACGGGAAGAUGACAUUGGGAAUUACACCUGCGAAUUAGAGUUUGGGAACUUUUUGGUAAGAAGGACGACUGAGCUGUCCGUCACAGGUCUCCUGCCCAGGCCUGCUGUUGGUCUUCGUGCCCCGUUUCGUCUCAAGUACAACCUCAGGAGCACCGGCCUGCCGGUCCCCCGUUCCGUCGUCUCAGGUACCCUGGCUCAGGACGCCCGCCUGCUGGGCCGCCCGUUCCGUCUCAAGUACCCUCCUAGGAGCCGCCUGCCGGGCCCCCGUUCCGUCUCAAAGUAUCACCUCAGGAGCCGAUCCUCGAUGUAUCCUCUGGUCCGAGAUCCCGCUUUCGGCGACCCUUGA